AUGAUGGUUCCCAAAAUAUUUUCAAUAUUUCAGUUUCUCACUUUCUUAUUUCUCUUUACAAAUACUUUUGCUUCCACUGAGGAAGCAAUUGCCCUCCUAAAAUGGAAAGCAACUUUCAAGAAUCAGAAUAACUCCUUAUUGGCUUCAUGGACACAGAGUUCCAAUGCAUGUGAGGAUUGGUAUGGAAUUACAUGCUUUAAUGGUAGGGUAAACAAGUUGGAUAUUAGAGGUGCUAAUGUCAUCGGUACAAUCUCUGAUUUCCCAUUUUCAACUCUUCCUUUUCUUGAAUAUGCUGAUCUUAGCAUGAACAAUCUCUCUGGAGUCAUCCCACCUCAUAUUGGUAAUCUCACUAAUCUUGUCUAUCUUGAUUUGCACACUAAUCACAUUUCAGGCACAAUCCCACCUCAAAUCGGUUCACUAGCCAAGCUUCAGACCAUUUACAUUACUAAUUCUCUUAAUGGCCCUAUUCCCGCUUCAUUGGGAAACUUGACCUGCUUGUCUAAUUUGUAUCUUCAUGAGAAUAAUCUUUUUGGCUCUAUUCCUAAUUCAUUGGGAAAUUUGACCGGCCUGUCUAUUUUGUAUCUUCAUCAGAAUAAUCUUUCUGGAUCCAUUCCUAAAGAAAUAGGUUAUUUAAGGUCUCUUAGUCAACUAGUUUUGUCUAAAAACUCUCUAAGUGGUGUUAUUCCUGCUUCAUUGUGGAAUUUGACCAGCUUGACCUCUUUGUCUCUUCGUGAGAAUCAUCUUUCUAGCUCCAUUCCUGAAGAAAUAGGUUACCUAAGGAAUCUUAGUUAUUUAGAUUUGUCUACUAAUUUUCUUAAUGGUUCUAUUCCUGCUUCUUUGGGGAAUUUGAACAACUUGUAUAUCUUAUCUCUUCAUGCUAACAACCUUUCUGGUUAUGUUUCAAGUGAGUUGGGAAAUCUGAAAAGCCUCGUUAUUAUGUUUUUAUUUGAUAAUAAACUCAUUGGUUCAAUCCCAGCUUCUUUUGGCAAAUUGAUGAAAUUGGAAGAGGUGUAUUUGGGGAGAAACAACUUGAGGGGAGAAAUUCCGCAAUGUCUAGUUAAUAUCAGUGGACUCCAGGUAUUGAAAAUAGAAUAUAAUAAUCUCAGUGAAGAGAUCCCUCCGUCUAUUUGCAAUCUAACAUCUCUAAGGAUUUUAGAUUUGGGCAGAAACAAUCUGAAGGGAGUGAUUCCACAAUGUAUUGGAAACAUGGGUGGUCAUCUUGAGGUUUUGCAUAUCCACCAAAACAAUCUUUAUGGGACUCUUCCAGAAACUUUUAGUAAUGGAAGUGUACUCGUAAGCUUAGACUUGCAUGACAAUGAAUUAGAGGGGAAAAUCCCUCCAUCUUUUGCCAAUUGCAAAGAGUUGGAAAUUCUUAAUUUAGGAGACAAUCACCUUAAUGACACAUUCCCAAUGUGGUUUGAAACUUUGCCAAAGUUGAAAGUUUUAAGCUUGAGAUCGAAUAAAUUACAUGGGCCAAUUAAAACUUUAAGUGAUGCAAACAUGUUUUCUGAGCUUCGAAUCAUAGAUCUCUCUUACAAUGCCUUCACAGGAAACUUGUCGACUAGUCUAUUUCAAAAACUAAAAGUCAUGACGACAAUUGAUAAAACAGUGAAGGUACCAACAUAUCUUGGUAAAUAUGGAAAUGGAUACUACGAUGAGUCUGUAAAAGUUGCAACCAAGGGAUUGGUGCUUGAACUGAAUAGAAUUUUGACAAUUUAUGUUGCUAUUGAUCUUUCAAGCAACAAAUUUGAAGGACAUAUUCCAAGUAGUCUAGGAGAUCUCAUUGCGCUUCAGGUGCUAAAUUUGUCUCAUAAUAGAUUGCAAGGUAAUAUACCAUCAUCACUUGGAAGUUUAUCUUUAGUCGAAUCAUUGGAUCUAUCAUUUAACCAGCUUUCGGGAGAAAUACCCCAACAACUUGCUGGUAUGACGUUUCUUGAAGUCUUAAAUCUCUCUCAUAAUCAUCUCCAAGGAUGCAUUCCUCAAGGACGUCAAUUUGCUACAUUUGAAAAUAAUUCGUAUGAAGGUAAUGAUGGAUUACAAGGAUUCCCUGUUUCGAAAGGUUGUGGAAGUAUUUGGCCACCAGAGACAUAUAAUGAUGAUUAUUAUGAGCCAGAUGAUGAAGAAAGCAAUUCCGAAUUUCUGAAUGAUUUUUGGAAAGCUGCUCUUAUGGGAUAUGGAAGUGGGCUAUGCAUUGGAUUAUCCAUAAUAUAUAUAAUGAUCUCAACUGGAAAUCUGAAAUGGCUUGUAAGAAUCGUUGAAGAGCUUGAACACAAAAUUAUUAUGCGACAGAGAAAGAAACAAUGA